AUGGACAAGGAAGGAGGAUCAGUUUCUAAACCGCCCUUGCUGACCGGGCCUGAGAACUAUGACUAUUGGAAAGCUAAGAUGAUGGCUUUCUUAAAAUCCAUUGACAGCAGAACAUGGAAAGCUAUAGUAAAUGGCUGGGAGGCUCCAGUAGUUCUAGACAAAGAUGGGAACAAGACAACUGAGGUCAAGGAAGAAAAGGACUACUCAAAGGACGAGGAUGAUCUAGCUCUUGGAAACUCAAAGGCACUAAAUGCCAUUUUCAAUGGAGUGGACAUGAAUAUGUUCAGGCUUGUCAAACGAUGCACUGUAGCAAAGAAUGCUUGGGAAAUCUUGAGGAAAGCACAUGAAGGAACAAGCAAGGUAAAAUUGUCUAAACUUCAGAUGCUUCGUACGAAUUUUGAAAAUCUAUGUAUGAAGGAAGAAGAGACCAUUCAUGACUUUCAUAUGAAUAUUCUAGAAUUUGCAAAUUCAUUUGAUGCUUUAGGAGAACUCAUGUCUGAUGAGAAGCUUGUAAGCAAAAUUCUCAGAUCUCUCCCUAAGAGGUUUGACAUGAAGGUCACAGCAAUAGAAGAAUCUCAAGACUUGGCAACUGCCCAAGUAGAUGAAUUAAUAGGAUCUCUUCAAACUUAUGAGCUAGGUAUAAGUCAAAAGAAAGAAAAGAAAAACAAAAGCUUAGCGUUUACCUCCAAUACUGGAGAGGAUGAAGGAUUAGAUCUGGACAGUGAUGAGAGCUUAUCUGAAGCCAUGGUUUUACUAGGAAGACAGUUCAACAAAAUCAUGAAAAGAAUGGACAAAAGGUCUAAGUUCAAUGCGCCAAGCACCAAGCUCGACAUCAGCAAACCAAUUACUAAUCAAAGGAGAACUAGAAGUGAUGACAAGUUGACUACAUCAAAAGGAGUUCAGUGUCAUGAAUGUGAAGGCUAUGGACACAUCAAGGCUGAAUGUCCUACUUUUAUGAAGAAACAAAAGAAAAGUCUGGCUGUCACUUGGUCUGAUGACGAUGAUUCAGAGGAGGAAACUACUGAAAGUGAAUCUUCUAAACUUGUCAAUGUGUUGACAGGUAUGUGUGAGUCUGAUGCUGAAUCAUGCGAUGACACAUCCUAUGAAGAACUGGUUGCAACCUAUAAGGAUCUUUUCAUCAGAAGUAAUGAAGUUGGCAAGGCAUUGGAAAAACAAAAGAAGAUUAAUUGUCAACUGCAGGCUGAGAAAAAUGACUAUCUUGCACAAAUUUGUGAUCUCAACAAAGCAAUUGAAAAGUUGAAUGUUGAUUUAGAAUAUGCAAGAAAGCAAAUCAGGGUUUAUGGCAUAGGAGAUGAAAAAUUUCAAGCUAUGUUGUUCAAACAAAGUGCAGGAAAGAAACCAAUCGGAUUUGACUAUGAGAUUGUCAAUCAACAAAUGGGAUACAACAAAGCUACUAUCAGUACUCCCAUUGAGAAGACUUUCCCUGUUAGUGCUGGGUUAUUGCCACCACUUCCACCUACCCACCAGGGAACUGACACUUGGUUGCAAGUCAAACAUAAGGAUCCUGUAAAGUCUGAACCGAUGCUUCAACAUCCUUCUACACAUCAUGGAAACUGGUCAAGACCCAAAACUAGAAAACGUAACUGGAGAUGUCACUACUGUGGUAGAAAAGGUCAUAUAAGACCUUUUUGUUACAAACUGUAUGGUUACCCAAAGAGAAACCCUCCACCUAUACCUGAAGCAGAAAGUGUCAAAACCAAGAAAGAGUGGAAAGAAAAGGGAAGUGAUGCAAGUCUAAUAGCUCAUACAUCACUUCGAGCUUCAUCUAGACAAGACUGGUACUUUGAUAGUGGAUGUUCAAGACACAUGACUGGAGUGGAAGGAUAUCUUGUCAACCUAAAAUCCUAUGCCACAAGUUAUGUAACCUUUGGUGAUGGAGCUAAGGGAGAGAUAAAAGGAAUUGGGAAUCUAAUUGACAAUGGAUUACCAAAUCUAGAUAAUGUCCUAUUGGUGAAAGGGCUUACAGCUAAUCUAAUUAGCAUUAGCCAACUGUGUGAUCAAGGGAUGAAAGUAAACUUCACAAAGUCAGAAUGUCUAGUUACAAAUGAAGAAGGAAGACUCUUGAUGAAGGGUGUAAGGUCAAAGGACAACUGCUAUUUAUGGGUGUCAGAAGAAGAAAACCACUAG